CUGUGUGACUCACGAGAUCUUUGCUGUGCCUUUAAAAGCCGCCCGGCUCAUCCCUCCUUUUUGCCUUUAGGUGGCUGCUGCUGCUGCUGUUGUCUCCAUUUAUUUAGUCUCUCUCUCUCCGGUCGCAACGGCGCCUGCGCUCCCAGGGAAAUAAAUAAAUAAGGCGGAGAGGCAGAGCUGAGCUCUCCUGCGCCCUGAGCCUCGCAGGUCUUUUGUCUGAAGCUGGAAACAGCAGCGGCUGCUCCGCGGAUCCUCUCCUCCGCCAGCCAAGCCAGAAGGGAGCCUCUGCUUGGACCCCCCCACUUAAAUCGCCUCCUUCUCCUGCGAGAGACAACAAAAAAGGGAUUUCCCCCCCUCCGCAAGAAUCCCAGAAGAAGAAGGAAAGAAGGAAGGGCAUCCCCGGCGCGCAUCUGGGCAGCUGUUUGUAGAAACAAAAAACUGGUUGGAAGAGGAAGGGGGGGCAGAGAGGGGGUGAAAAAACACAACAACAACUCUUAAGGUGGACUUGGUCUUAAGGUGGAUGGUGGUCUUUUUGCUGGGUCUUUCUUUUUAAGGUGGAUUUGACGUCAAGGUUGGAGAGGCUGGUGUGUUUUUUGGUGUGGAUUUACGCGUCUUGCAUCAGCUUGCGUUUUUGAGCUCCGGAUGGCCGGAGAUGGGUCGGUCUUCGUAGCCGGGCGGCCCAACGGGACGAGCUCUUCCUAGUGCUGGGGCUCAUUCACAAGGUCUUUAUUUUGGAGACUUGAUACCUAUUCUAUCCGCACAUUAUAUACGUGUUUUAAAUAUUGGUUUUAAUUCUCUCCCCCCACCCCACUUUCCUGGCUGCGAUAAAAAUGGGGAAAGUUUGGUAGCCGGGACUCGAACUCCCUCCCCUCCCGUCCCUUCGUAACAAUGACUAAAUCCCGGCCUUUUUACAGAAAAAGACAGCCGAUGGCCGAAGAAGAGGUGGGAGUCCAAAGCCAGAAAUUUAACUGCCGAGAGCUGGACAGGAGAGAAGUUUUGCUUUUUCAAGUUUCUAGUUCCUCUUGAUUGUCCUUGAAAGAGAGGGCUUCGGUGUCUUUCAAAACUUUAUUAUUAUUUUUAUUGUGUGUGCUUAGGGUCCCACCCCCGCUUUAACAAAGAGGGUUGGGGGGAGGCCUUCGACUCGCCUUCCCACCCCCACCCCCUUUUCAACUAUACAUAUAUUGUUGCUGUUGCUACCAAGCUCCUUCUCGCCAUUCACAAUUGAGGCCCAAACGUGGAAAGGCAUGGAGACGGUUGGGAAAUUUGAGUUCAGCAGGAAGGAUUUGAUCGGGCAUGGAGCUUUCGCCGUCGUUUUCAAAGGGAGGCACAAAGAGAAACCUGAAGUGGAGGUAGCAAUAAAAUGCAUCAACAAGAAAAACUUGGCAAAAUCCCAGACUCUCUUGGGAAAGGAAAUCAAAAUACUCAAGGAACUGAAGCAUGAAAAUAUCGUUGCCUUGUAUGACUUCCAGGAAAUGGCCAACUCUGUUUACUUGGUUAUGGAGUACUGCAAUGGUGGAGACCUGGCAGAUUACUUGCACAGUAUGAGGACCCUCAGCGAAGAUACGAUCAGACUCUUUCUGCAGCAAAUUGCCGGCGCCAUGAAGGUGCUACACAGCAAAGGGAUAAUCCACCGGGAUCUGAAACCUCAAAACAUCCUCCUUUCUUUUGUGGGGGGCAAAAAAUCAAACCCCAAUAACAUUCGCAUUAAGAUUGCUGAUUUUGGAUUUGCACGAUACCUGCAGAGCAAUAUGAUGGCUGCGACUCUCUGUGGCUCCCCCAUGUACAUGGCCCCAGAAGUCAUUAUGUCCCAACACUACGACGCCAAAGCUGACCUGUGGAGUAUUGGCACCAUCAUUUACCAGUGUCUGACUGGAAAAGCCCCCUUCCAGGCAAGCAGCCCUCAAGACCUUCGGCUCUUCUAUGAGAAAAACAAGAUGCUCAUGCCCAACAUUCCAAGGGAGACAUCAGCCCACUUGAGGCAGCUGCUGCUAGGACUCUUGCAACGGAACCACAAGGACCGCAUGGACUUUGAUGAAUUUUUCCAUCACCCUUUCUUGGAUGCAAGUGCCUCUAUGAAAAAAUCUGCUUCUGUGCCAAUGCCUUCUUAUCCGAGCUCUGGGUCUGGGAGUUCGUCCAGCAGCUCUUCCACGUCCCAUCUCGCAUCUCCUCCCUCCCUUGGAGAGAUGGCACAUCUCCCUGAGAAGGUUUUAGCCUCUCCUACCCAGCCCGGCUUCCUUCAUGGGUCGAAGGAGUCGGCUGGCGGCAGCAGCAAGAACUCCUCCUGCGACACCGACGACUUCGUCAUGGUGCCAGCCCAGUUUGCAAGUGAUAUCGCUGUGGAGGCUGCAGGAGGAAAAACUAUCCAGGACAGCCUGAUGUGUAGUGGGAGUUCCCUGGUGGCUUCAGCAGGCUUGGAAAGCCAAGGACGAACCCCAUCUCCUUCCCCUCCUUACAGCAGCUCUCCAAGCCCAUCAGGCCGGCCUGGGCAGUUUUCAUCAGGCAGCAAGCACGGGCAGUCGGUCCCCAUCCCUGUCCCCACACAGAUCCACAACUACCGCCGGAUUGAGCAGAACCUUCAGUCUCCUAAUCAAUACACUUCCCCACGGUCCGGAACAGUCAGAAGAUCAAGCAGCAGCAACAGCCCACUUGGUUUCAUGAAGGCCAGCCCUUCCCCUCCUUUUGCUGCUGGGGAGCAUGGAGCUGUCCCAACCUCCAGAAGGUUCUCCUUUGGGGGCGCGAAGCCUUACACGCCAUCCCCACAAGUUGGAACAAUUCCAGAGCAGCCUGACCAGACCGUUCUCCCUUCUCCUCCCUUUGGAACAGAGAUGAGAAGUCGGGUGCCCAUACCUGGUGCCUCAGUGCCUGACCCUUCCCCUCGAGGGAUGGGCUCCCGUCUCCACAGUGCUCCCAACCUGUCAGAUUUGCAUUCCUGCCGGCAGAAGAUUACAAAGCAGUACUCUGAUCCUCUGGUUCCCCAUUUCAACCAGGCCGCCGCAGGCCAGCCAGCACAGACACACGGCCUGCAACCUUGCCGCCCACUGAGGUCCUCGCCAAAGUUCUCUGAGUUUAUGCAGAGGAGCCCCUUGCCAACCAUAAUGGGCUCUCCAACAAAGGUCAUGCCUCCUUUUGAGUUCAACAAAACCCCAAGCUCCCAAAACCUGCUCGCCCUCCUGGCGCACCAGGGCGUCAUGAUCCCGACAAGGAACAAGACUCUGCCAGACUUGAAGGACAUGGGCCAUUUCCACUGCCAGCAGGCAGGCCUAGGAUUGAGGCCUAUGGAAGAAGCCAAGGGCAGGUCUCUCAGCACUGGUCGCCUCACUGAUCUCCUCCUCAAAGCUGCUUUUGGGGAAGCUGGAAGCAAUGACAGUUUAAACAAUGAGAAGCCCAUGGAAAUCACAGCUCCUUCUGCUGUCUGUGGAGGAAACUUACACUCUGGGGCCAGAGAUGGUGGCUCGGCAAGCCCUUCCCCAGUGGUCUUUACUGUUGGUUCCCCUCCCAGUGGGACAACCCCACCGCAGACCACCAGGACCAGAAUGUUUUCAGUGGGAUCUUCCAGCUCUCACAGUUCGGGAGGGUCUUUCAGCGGGCGGCACUUCAUCAUGAGCGCUGGCGGGGAUGUGCUCGAAGCCCCAUCAGGCAUCAGAUAUACUUUUGCCGACCCCAUCACUGCCAACCUGGAGGGAGCAGUCACCUUUGAGGCACCUGAGCUACCAGAGGAGACGCUCAUGGAACAAGAGCACACGGACAUCCUUCGCAGCCUGCGGUUCACCCUGGCCUUUGUCCACUACGUGAUGGAGAUAGCGGCCGUCAAAGGGAACACCAGCGAGAUGAGCAGCUCGGUGGCCUCCGAGUACCAGCUCCAGGAAAGCGUCGUGGCUGACCAGAUCAGCCUGCUCAGCAAAGAAUGGAGCUAUGCAGAACAGUUGGUGCUGUACUUGAAAGUAGCGGAGUUGCUGUCCGCAGGCCUGCAGAUGGCCAUAGACCAGAUCCGGGCAGGCAAGUUGUGCCUCUCCUCCACCGUCAAACAAAUUGUGAGGAAGCUCAACGAUCUGUAUAAAUCCAGUGUUUCCUCCUGCCAUUGCCUGAACAUGAGGUUGCAGAGGUGGUUAUUGGACAAGCAGAAGCUCAUGGAUCGCAUCAACAGCAUCACGGCCGAGAAGCUCAUCUUCAGCCACGCCGUGCAGAUGGUUCAGGCUGCAGCGCUGGAUGAGAUGUUUCAUCACAGAGAAGAUUGUGCACAACGAUACCACAAGGCACUGCUGCUCAUGGAGGGGCUCUUGAACAUCAUCACUGAGCAAGGCGACAUUGAGAACAUUAAUAAAUGUAAAAUGUGUAUCGAACGCCGGCUGUCGGCUCUACUAUCCGGCAUCUGUGCAUGAGGAAAAUAGCCCUUAACUCUGCAGGUGAUCAUUUUCCGUCUCCAAGCACCUGCUACCAAGAUGGCAAAGCACUGUAUGAGCAAGCCCAUCGGCAACGAAUUUAUCGGACGUCCAUGGCGGUUUCCCUGUUUUGGCGUCCUUCGAGGAGAACUUCCCCUGGGUCGGACAUGGAAUUGCUACAAUCUUUUUGUGUGUGUGUGUGUGUGGUCACAAUACAAACCGGGGAAAGAUGGUUGUUGAUACGGAAGGCUUGUUCCCCUUGCCCCAACUCACCAUCUGGUGGGAAACAGCUGGAUAAAAAAGGAGAAGGCUCAAGCCCUCCUUUCAUGCCUGUUUUCAGAGAGCAGGGUUGCUGUUGAGCUGGCCUUGCCUGGAGCACUGAGGUCCACUGCUGGCGGUGAAUGAUCCAGACGUUUCUGCUCUUGGAAUGAAAGAGGUUUCUCCGGAAGAGGGAGUGUCCCUAUUGGCCAGUUCUGCAAUCCAAGCCCUCGUCUGCUGAUAGCCAAUCACUUGGGAGCACUGUUCCUACUACGCCUCUCAUUGCUUGCCGUACGGGAAGAGCAACAGCGGUUAUGUGGCAGGCGUGGAAGCCAGAAGCUCACCUUGCUCUGAGAAAUCAUUACGUUAUUUUUCCCCCACUGCAAUGCUGGAAAUCUUGAGUUCAGAGUCCCUCACCUACAUGACAGACAGAAGCAGGGUGGGUGGGGUUGGAAGCCGUUCCUUUCCUACGUGGACAUGGGCAGAGCUAAAGAGAGCUUGUCUAUCCAGACUGGAGCACUGGGACUUGGACUCCACACUCUCUUGCUUUGGUCUCAAGCAGCCAAAAUGUUUUUUCUUCGCCCAAAAGGGAGUCGUUCAAUAGAUGCAUGCUUGCCAGCCCUCUCCUCCCAUGGCCUGCGUCUAAGCAUGAGAAAGCAUCUGUGCUGCUCUUGGCUGUUGCCCAGAUAAGCAAUCCCUCCUCCCAGAAGGGUGGGAAGCAAUAUAAGAAAAACACACAUAACACGCAUACUAGCUUUGUGAAUCAAAGGAGCACUUUACGGACAACAUGAACCUGAGCUUUGGAUACUUGGCAGCCCCGCAGUGAUCCAAAAACGUCGCAACUUCUAGGAAUGCUGUUCCCCUGCCCUCCCAUUGCCUCACGCGUUGUUGGUUGUUUGUCUGUUGGGUGGUUGUCGUGGUUGUUUUAAAAGAAAUUGCACUACAAGUGUGUAUGUGUUUUUGUGCGCGUGUGUAUACAUAUUCAUAUAUAUUACCACGUUAAUAUAUAUUAAUAUGUAUAUGGUAUAUAAUAUAUAAUGUCACUCUAUGUGUUAACUGUACUGUAUUUUAUGCUUGUGAGGAGAAAAAGAAAAUUAACAAUCAAGCAGUCUAUGUCCUUUUCAUGACCAGCGGCGCUAGCGUGAAAAAAAAUUCAGUACCAUUUUGUCUUUUCCUUUUUUAAAAAAACAGAUGUGCUGUUUGGAGGUCCAGGUUUUUUGAAAACUCAAGGAUGAGGUCUUGAUAUUGUGCAUGCUUCAUUCCUGCCCCCUCCAUUGUUUAUAAAAACAAAUCCCCCCUUUUUUUGGCUGUUGUUAACCUUUUCAAAGUUUUCUCUCUCUUCCCCACCUCGAUUUAAGGCGACUAAGCAGCCAAAGAGAAAGAGGAGGCACACACUGUGUGUGUGUUUCGUGUAGGGCUGUGCUUUGUGUGUGUGUGUGCAUUUAGGCUUGGGGGUGUUGUGGCUGCAAGCAAAUGCCUGAUAGGCUACCUUUUUUGAGUGAUGUCCUUCACGCCCCGCCCCCCGGCCCUUGUGCAUGGUUUUAAUGCAGCUGAUCCAGUCUGCAGCUUUAUUUUGUCUGUGCUGGGCAAGAAAGCAUCCUUGGCAGACAAAACCUGGAUUUCAGGCUUUUGUUUGGUUUUGUUUUUCAAAGAGUGGGUCAAGUAUAUCUAUUUGCACAUGGUUUGCUUUUCAUCACUUGUGUGUAUCCCCCCCGAAAAUAUGUAAGGAACAGCCGUACUGACUUUGGAAACCCUGUUUCAAAGCUCCUUGCAAUAGGUGUCGCCCAGUGGGUGGGGAAUCAUUUCUCACACUCACCCCUCCAUGUGUUCAAUCAGCACAUUUUGAUGGAAUCUGUCGCUUGCCCCAGCCCUUCUGCAUGGCUUCUCUUAUCUUCCGCUUCUAUGGCAACUCAGCAGUGCCUAGCACAAAGGAAAGAUCCUCUGUCCUUCUGAUAUGAUACCAAUUUCAUAAAGGCUUGUCACUUGUAGUUAUGGAGCCGGUGGUUGCUUGUGAAAGGCGUUCUAGGCUGGUACGAUUCACCCUGUAGUAUUCCACACACUCACACCCCGAGUUUGAUUUGAAGUUCCUUAGGGUGUUACUGUGCACCUACAAGUCUUUCCUUAGCUUGGCAAUGCAUGUAGUAGGAAUCCUACGCGAAGCAUUUCAACGUGGGAUGACCCCCCCCCGUCCUCCUUUGCAAGGACUGACAGUGGCAGAAGGGAGAUCAGAGGCCUCACAAGUUGUCUCCCAACAGCAAACGGGCCACUUGGGCACCAUCUUCCCUGUUAUUGUGAGACCCGUAUUGUAUUUCUAUUUAAAUUAAAUUUAAAUUUCUAGAUUUGCAUGUAUAUUACCCCAUGCAAAUGUUAUGUCCUCUAUUGCCCUAUUGGGUUCGGUACGGUUGGCAGUGCAUUUUAUCUUUUUGGCAAUGCCACAGUGAUCACCCUAGCAUGCAAAUGUGCAUGUGUGCGCGCGCACACACACACACACACACCCCUCUCGGGCUCCAUUCAUUCUGACACCUGCCUGCCAAACAAAACUGGUCACGACGAGUGCCUGCAACAAUGCCAGAGGCAGAGUGGGGGAACAGAACCAGUAGAUAAAAGCAGAGACUCAAAUCACCCCCACGAUGUGCUUCUUUCUUCCUUCGUUCCUACUUUUAUCAUUUGCAUCCUUUCCCAAGUUCUCAUGUUUCCCCACUGCCUGAUAAUUCUGCUUUUCCUCGCAAAAACAUAGGCUGCUAAUGCUGGGCAUUUCAAGUCAUCCCAAGGUGUCGCUUGAUCUUUUGAGUUUUAAACCAUUCAUCUGAGUUUGCAUCUGUUUUCAUAUAAACAGGAUGGCAGUUGUGCACGUGUGUGUGUGUUGCAAUUAGCACCAUCUUAGAAAAUGCAUGCUCUUCAAAUUUUUAAAAGAACUUUUUUAAUAAUAAUAACAACAACAACAACAACAACCCAUGUUGCCCAGUGAAUUUGAGGGUGCUUUUCCCCAGUCGAUCAAGAGGUUUUCAAGCUGUUCAUCUAGCUCCUUGAUCAUCCCUAAUCAGCCGACCCUCUUACAUCCCUUGCGACGAGAUCUCUGACAGCCUUGGAGUUGGUUCUGUAGAAAAAGGUCCACUGGACCCAGGUGAGAGCGAAACAGACAAGCGGAACCAUAACAGCAUGGCAGCCUUAAGAGAAAGAAAUCGGUUCACACCACUGGAGAUGCUUGUGAACCAGGUUCAGUGCCUGCCAGCAUGGAGGAUCCUUGAGAAGCUGCUGUGGUCCUCGCCUGCUCAGGCCUGCUCCCAUCUUUCCUCCAGUCAGUGCCAGGCACCCAGGCCUUUGUGGGGGCUGCCAAGUUUAAUUCCAUUGGGUUCACCCUCCUGCAUAGGGACCCACAGACCUAGGAGAGGGUCCCAUCACCCCAGCCAUCGUUUCUUGCUCUUCCGGACUCCCUAGUACUCAAGCCAGUAGCUUUGCUCCAAGGUUCGCUUCGCAAAGAAACUACCUUUUCCUUCCCAGCUGUUUCUGAAAGGCAGUUCUUUAGAAGCCAGCUUUCAAAAGCCGUGGGGUUUAACACAGCCACCUAUUCUCUGCCAGCUCUGCAUUUAACUUUCCAGCUGUACGUAGUUACUUGAAUGUAUCAAAAGUUGUCCACAACCAUCCUAGUUGCUCUCCCCAUGUCCUUCACAUCACACACAAAAAAAGAUUAUGUGGUUUACAGAACUUCGAUAGAUAGAUAGAUAGAUAGAUAUAGAUAUAUUUUCCUCAAUACUUGAAAUUUAGCCACUGCGCUUGGAUUACAAAUAGUAGAGGCAAGCUAUCUCUUUUUGCCACCAUGUGGGUGAUUUUAAUAUUAUUUUUCAAUCUUAAAACUGCACGCAAGCAUGAAACGUCAGGUGGGUGGGUUUGUGUUUGUGUGCUUUUGUUUUGCUUUCGGUGGGAAAACUAGUAUUUAUUGCUUUUUUAAGGAAUAGAAGAGAGGUUUGGGAAAGAGAGCAAGGAAACCAAGCAGAUGUGGCUAAUCCAGUCUAUUCACUCUCAUUCAUGGAUUUGUUACUGUCUCAGCGUCCCGUUUGUAGCGUCCUCACUAGAUUUCAAGGAACCUCAGCCCUGAUAACGUGUAUGUGAGAAAGUGUGCUGUAUGGGGGUUUUUCCCCCACAUGGUUAUGCUUGAUAACUUUUGUUGGUUGUUAUUUUUUAAAAUUUCAUGUUGUGUGACUUUUUUUGUUUUGUUUGUUCUUGCUUUAAAUUGUACAAUGCCGACUUAAGAAAAUAAACUGAUUUUUAAUUGUU